GUUCGUCGUCAUCGCCUCAACCCGUGAUAUGGCCCGGAAGGUCUUCAACUCGCCCGCCUAUGUCAAGCCCUGCGUCGUCGAUGUCGCCCACAAGCUGCUUGGCGCCGACAACUGGGUGUUCCUGGACGGCAAGGCCCACGUCGAGUUCCGCAAGGGUCUGAACGGCCUGUUCACGCGCCGCGCACUCGAAAUCUACCUGCCGGGGCAGGAGGAGGUGUACAACCGGUACUUCAAGGAGUUCCUCGAGAUCACCAAGCAGGCCGGCGGCAAGCCCGUCCCCUUCAUGACGCACUUCCGCGAGGUCAUCACGGCCGUGUCCUGCCGCACCUUUGUUGGCCACUACAUCUCGGACGAUGCCGUCAAGAAGAUCGCUGACGACUAUUAUCUCAUCACGGCGGCUCUCGAGCUGGUCAACUUCCCCAUCAUCAUCCCGUACACCAAAACGUGGUACGGCAAGAAAGCGGCUGACAUGGUGUUGGCCGAGUUCGCACGGUGCGCGGCGAAGAGCAAGGCCCGCAUGGCCGCCGGUGGCGAGCCCAAUUGCAUUAUGGAUGCCUGGAUUCUCGAGAUGAUCAAGUCCAAGAAGUGGCGAGAGGCGCAGGAGAAGGGCGAGUCGGUCGAGGGCCUGGAGAAGCCGACGCACAUGCUCCGCGACUUCACCGAUUAUGAGAUUUCGCAGACGGUCUUCACCUUCCUCUUCGCUUCGCAGGAUGCCACGAGCAGCGCCGCCACGUGGCUCUUCCAGAUCAUGGCCCAGCGUCCGGAUGUGUUGGAUCGCGUGCGCGAGGAGAAUUUGAAGGUCCGGAACGGCAACAUUAACGCCCCCGUCGAUAUGGACCAGCUCGAGUCCAUGACGUAUACGCGCGCCGUCGUCCGGGAGUUGCUGCGCUAUCGCCCGCCCGUUCUCAUGGUUCCCUAUGUCGUCAAGAAGCCUUUCCCCAUCACCGAGGCCUACACCGCUCCCAAGGGCUCCAUGGUUAUCCCAACGACAUACAUGGCCCUGCGUGACCCCGAGGUGUACGAAAACCCGGACGAGUUCAACCCCGAGCGGUACUACACCGGCGACGCCGAGGUCAAGGGCGCAAAGAACUACCUUGUGUUCGGCACUGGCCCGCACUACUGCCUCGGGCAGCAGUACGCGCAGCUCAACCUCGUCCUCAUGGUCGGAAAGGCGUCGCUGCUGCUCAACUGGAAGCACCACCCAACGCCCAAGUCGGAGGAAAUCAAAGUGUUUGCGACCAUCUUCCCCAUGGAUGACUGCCCGUUGACAUUCGAGGAGAGGAAGUGGUAGUGGCAUAUCUAGGAUAGGAGGAACGGAAUCGUGGGUAUUAAAUCACUUAAUCGGGACGAAAGGGAGGGGGUGGUGAUACCACAAGGGUACGCUCGACCUCCCCCUCACAUCAAGGAUGGAUAACGAUGUGACUGGUUUGGAGAC